AUGUACAGGAAGAACGUUUGUGUUGCCAUAUUUAAUGAGGACCUUCGCUUUCUUGGCUGCAGGCGCAUUCAAGACAAUUUAUUUCAGUUUGUGCAGGGAGGAAUAGAGAAGGACGCCGAUCUCCUCCAUGCCGCGUACCGCGAGGUGUACGAAGAGACUUCUCUUUGUAAGGAGGACCUUCACUUCGUGGGGGAAGUUCCGCCGCCCAGCGGUGAUCCGAGGGAGUUCCGCUACGAACUUCGCCGCACAUCAAAUCUCCGGAACUUUGGUUUCCAGGGCCAGGAGCAGCGCGUCCUGCUUUUCUUCACAGACUCCGGCAACAUCGAGAAGGUGAACGUCAUUCCACCCAAAGAAACCUGCGCGCAACAGGAGUUCUCUGAAGUCCACUGGAUGGAACUGAGGGAGAUCAUUGACCGCUGUCCGAGAGAAAAGAUUCACAUCUUUCUUGCCGUGGCCAAGGUGGGAGUCCCCAUGGCACGGGCUUUUCUGCAGUCCCGCUCAGCUCUUAAAAAGGACAGUAUUUAG